UCUCGGCAGCUGUUCGGCUGUUCCUGUCCAACUGUCCAUCAUCACCGGCCGAGAAAACUAGACACCAUUCAACACUAUCAGGACGAAACGCGACGCAGCGGCCAUCGUAAAAAGAUCUUUGCUGAGAAGGGAAAAAAAAGUUGCAAAAGCGCAGUAGAUAUAGGAUGAACAAACAAGCAUCAGCGUUCGACUACUACCUACACUGCAUGAUGCAAGCCCCAGCUCGAUCUCCUUCGGUAGACUACGAUCGACAUGCUCCCGACGGCGCGGACGCACCACCACCCGGGCAGCAGCAAGGCGGCGGCGGAUGAUGGCGCGUUGGUGGGGGCCCUCACCCUCAAGAGAGGGGGCCGGCGGGAGGAAGCGGCCGUCGUCAUCGCCGAGGCCGCCGUGGACGUGUGCCUCGCGGCGGCGGCCGUGGCCGGCGCGGCGCUGCUGGCGUGGUGGGCCGUCGCGUUCCACCCCGCCUACGCCCACCUCUGGAUGGUGCCCGUCGGCCUCGUGCUCGCCUGCACCCCGCCCCUCGUCUGCCUCGCGCUCCGCUUCUCCGGCGGCAAAGGAGGCUCCGCGGGCGCGCCGCCGCCGUUGGCCGCCGUGGUCGUCCACAACUAGUGCGCGCGUGUCCUGUCGUGCGCCAUUGGAUCAAUUUCAUUUGGGGUUGGGAGUGUAUAUAUAAUUGCAUAACUUGAGAUUUCGGUCGGCUGGAGAUAUUAUGUACAGAGAUCAUAUAGAUAGAUGGAGAUCCUGAUGUGGUACUUUAUUUUGAAAAAAAAUCGGUUUUUAUGGGAUUUGUGCUU